AUGUUGAGAGCCGCCGCAACCGUCGCACUCCGCCAUGCCAGCCGCCGCAACCGCCACCUCUGGUCACCUUGGCUUGGCCGCGUGGGUUCUUCUGUGCACGCAGGGCCCAAUCGCACUUCGUCAUUGGCAUUUACUUGGGGGUCGUCGAGCAUUGCUGGUUCCUCCGGCGCUGGUUCCUCCGACACUGGUUCCUCCGAUGACGAUGAUUCCCUAUUACCAAGAAACUGGCGGGAAUUGAGAACGGCUUCAUCUCCGCCUUUGAUAUGCUUAUUGGUCGAUGGUUUAGGUUAUGACAAACCAUUUCCAUAUGCCAUUGACUGGCGGAAAGAUGGCUGUGUGACUAGUGUGAAAGACCAAGGCCCAAAUUCCACUACAUGUUGGGCGUUUGGUCCAACGGUUGCCAUGGAAGCCUUAAACAAGCAGGGGAACGAUGUUCUUGAGGAGCUGUCAACUCAAGACAUAAUUGAUAAUUGCAAAGGUGCUACAAAUGAUGAGUGGGCGUACAACUAUGCAAAGGUAGUCGGUGUGCAUUAUGCCAAAGACUACCCUAGCAAAAAGGGGAUUAAGCCUUUGUUCAGAAUCAAGGGUUAUAGAACGGGCUUUCUUUUUAGAGGAGAUGAUGAGGAGCUUAUUCAUGUUGUCACCUACCGAGUUGUUUCCGCUGCUAUGACUUUACCAGCCAGUUUCUUCGAAUAUAAAGGGGGGCUUUACAAGGCUAGAAGGCCCAUGGGGGCGGAAAGUGCUACCGGUCAUUGCGUUGCAAUUAUCGGAUUUGAAGAUAACUACUGGCUGGUGCAGAACAGCCGAGGGACUAAAUGGGGAGAGAAGGGGAUCAUGAAGAUGUCUAGAAGCACGCUUCUUGCCGUACUGGACAGUUUCAGCUACCCUACUUAUAUCCGCUACGAUUAGAGUUCUGACACUCUUACUUUGACUAUAUUGAAUCUUCAAGUAGACAAUUUUUUUUGGGUACUUUGAUUACUUUGACUAUAUUGAAUCUUCUAGUAGACAAU